ACAACCGUAUCUAUGCGUGUGACAAAAUGUCGUCGGCUACUAAACGACCGAUGAAGACGGCUUUACAUCAGGCUAUUCUUGAUGGAAGAAUUCACCAGGUUCGACUACUUGUUCACAAGCAUGGCUCUAAUAUCGAUUCGAAAGAUGUGUACGGGAGAACGCCGCUUAUGUUAGCAUGUUUGUUGGAAAAUGACAAAAUGGCGUCAAAAAUGACUAAGACAAUGUUAAAGUCUUCUGCGUAUCCAAAUGCAAGAGAUUGUAUGGGAAGAACAGCAUUAAGUUACGCGGCGAUGAAGGGCCGUGAAGAAAUAGUAGCAAAGUUGUUGAAGGAUGAGGUCGUUGACGUUUCGACGCCCGAUAAUGAUGGAAAUAUUCCAUUACAUCACGCUGCUCUGAGCGGCAAUCCAGGAGUUGUUGACAUGAUUUGGAACGUAAUGAAGAGCUACGGAGUAAUUGUUGAUUCAAGAAAUGCAAUGGGUUACACACCUCUAUUGUUAGCAUGUAAAUAUGGCCAUUUCGCUAGCGCUUACAUACUAAUAAGUAGAGGUUCCGCUUGCCCGUCUCUAAGAGAUAAUGAAUUUUUUUUCAAUGCCUCCGAAUGGAUCUUACGAACCGGAGACUUACAUAACGCAUUUGCCUUACACAGAUCAAGAACUAUGCCUAUACAUACUGCUCCUAGAUUCGAGAGGGAACACACGUUAUAUUCUGUUGACUCUGCGCCAACUUGCCGCCAUUUUACCCCCGCUAGAUAUCCCCUGGGAGAGUCUAUUGAUUCUGCAUUGAAAUUACCAAAGAUAUUUCAGUAUACGGAAGUUGACGAAAGAUUAGAAUCAAUGUUUGAUGGUAAGGAUGCUCGAAACCUUUUAUUGAAGGCCAUCGAAAACGCUUCUAGUGAUAAAAAGAAAUCUGCUAAGCCUAGACCUUUUAGUAGAGUAAGCAGCGUUUUUACGCAAACAAGGAUAGCUAGUUCAAUAGCCACUUCUCGGUUAUUGUAUGAAUCUCGCAGAACUAGGAAAUUCGGAUCUGGUCAAGAUAUGGCUACCUUAUUCCAGCUAUAUUCUGACCAAUACGAUCCAAGCGUUAAAAUGAGAAGGCAAUUAACAGUUUUAGAGUGACAAUCUGUAGUUUGUCAAUUGUCCAAUUCUCAUUACAAAAUCAACAAAUAGACCGCUGAAUUGAUACUUACUUUUUAUUUAUUGCCGGCACCAAAAUGUUGUGUUUAAACAGAUGUCAUUACUAACACAAUAAACUAUUAUAGUCACUGGCUAACGAUUCGCCGAUGUGCGCAAUCUAUAGUUGGUUACUAUAAAUAAACUCUU